UAUUGAAUAUAAAAUAUUAAAUUAAAUCUAUGUAGGGUAUGAUCAAAAUGAUUUGCGUUGAUAAUUGUUCGAUAUAAAUUGAUAGGUUAUGCACUCUUCCAGAUGUUACAAAUUAUCCUGACUAUUCAAUGACAAUUCAGCCGAGUAAAUUUUAUUUAUCAUUCAACGCAUCAAUCAGCAACAUGGUUCAAUUGUGUGCUAAACAUGUUAUUUUAUUGUGGUCCAGUUUGAUUUUCAACCAAAUUUUAGCAGAGCAUCUUCAAUUGUCCAUGAAACCUCGAAUCUACAAAGGUGAACCAAUCGAGAAAAGUAAACUUCCUUGGAUUGCUUAUCUAAGACUUUUCGCUCCAGAUGAUGCUUUUUACAAUGAAUGUGGUGGAGUUUUAAUCGAUGAUAGACACGUCCUGACAGCAGCUCAUUGUCUUUACCUUGAUAAUGAAACCAUGGUCCAAAUGAAAGAUCUUUACAUUUCAUUUAAUGUAAAAGAUAAGCCUUUACGCAUGAAAAAUGAAAAUCCAAGUGAAACUUUUUUCAUUCACCCGAAAUUUGAUUACUCUCAUGAUUGGAUCAUGGAAAACGAUUUAGCCAUCAUCAAAUUGAAAUCUCCUGUUGGACCAGCAAUUAAACCCAUAUGUAUCAGUCGAACAGUCAAUUUAGCAUUUGGUGAUAAACUGGAAAUAGCCGGGUAUGGAUCAAUUGACGAUUCUGGUUCUGAAAGUGGCAGUUUACUUUAUACAAAGGUUGACCUUAUUCCAAGAGAUGAAUGCGACCAACAGAGAAAAAUUUUCGUAGAUAAACAAAUAGCUUCAGGUAAAAUGGAUCCAAAAAAAGUUCCUGAGCUACUUGAUACUCAAAUAUGUGCAAUCAACCGUAAAACUCGAGGAGAUUCGUGCCCCGGAGACUCAGGAGGACCAUUGGUAGGUAAAAUUAAUUCAAGUCAAUACAGUUUGAUUGGAAUUGUAACUGGUUCUUGGACAAACUGUGGAUCUCCAGAUGUUCCCGGUCUCUACACAUGGGUUGCAAAAUUCAUGAGCUGGAUUGAAUCCGUAGGCGCCAAACCAUGUAUCGUUUAGGUUUCCACGACUCAGACCAGAGCAGUUUGUUGCUCCACUCUCCAAUUCUUGAUUUCAAUUUUAAACAGAAAUAAAGUUGACAGCAAAUAUUAAUAAAUAACAGAAUAAAAGAAACAUCAUUUAAGCUUAA